AACGUUGGACGCCAAUUGACUUUGAGCGGGGUAGAACUGCAAUUCCCGUCAGGCGCCGCGGGCUGAUUUCCCACAGACUCCACACUGCCACGGCGCGGGCUUUGCAUGCAGCAUAGGCCAUGUAGUUCGGAGCGGGAUUGUGAAGGGUUUGGGUGAAUUGAGCUGAGUCCUUGUGGAGGUUUUAAACAACCUCAGUGAAGGGGGAAGCUUUCUGGGCUUGGGGUUGUAAUUCAGUUAAUGUUUGAGGAGAUGGAUUGUCUCCCUCCAUCAAACACAGGAAGGCACUUCCAGAGAAAACCUCCCCAACAUUUUCUCACCAAAUGUGAGUUUUUACUGCAAUGUCCAAGAUAUUUCUGAAGAUGUUGGGUUUUCACAAGAUUUUGGGACAGACUUGAUAAACGUUGGCAUCUUUUCUUCCAUUAGAGAUAUUACUGUCUCAAUAUAAAACAUUUAAGCACUAAUUAUAGGAAUAUUUCUGUGAGGAAGGAGUGGAAAAUUUGGAUUAUUUUGUGUGAAACCCGCUCUAAUGGUCACUGUGAUGUGGAAGUUGUGGCCACAGCUUUUAUAGAGACAUAGUCAGUGUCCAACGUCUAUUGUCGUCCCAUCAGAUAAAUUACAUCCCCAUGUUAGUGGCUCAUUAAAAACCAACGAUCUGUUGAUGAGUUUUUACAGUCAACGUGUCCUUUUGACUAUCUCGGUAAUUUCAGCAGCAAGGUGGGGGUUUCAAGCUGUGGGCUCGGAGCUGAAUCCCUGGUUGGUUUGGUCUCCAGGUACAGAGCGUGGCGGGAAAGAGUGCACCACAAUCCUGGAUUUUACGUCUCGGACUUGAGAAGGGUCAGUUUUUCAGAAUCGAGAAACAUUUUCACGUUUGGAGUUCGUUGGAUGAAGAAUGUCCUGUGCCUUGGAAUCCUUAGGCAGUUGUUGCUGAACAAGAUUGUUUGCACUUGCCUUCUGGGUAUAUGUUGAGUUAGAAGGAUUGCACCGUACACCAGAGAAUACAGAGAGGAUAGACACUGCAGGUAGAUCCUGAUCAUCACCCAAGGAACAACUGCACAACUGUGGGAACAUAUCCAGUCCCUUUGCAGCAUUGCUCAACACUGAGAAAUUGGGAAUUGGUUUGGGUCACAGGGGUUUGACAUAUCACCAGAACUGGUCAGUGGUAUGGAGCAUUCCAUCAGAACCAACCUUUUCAAGGGUUCAGCUGUGAGUGAUCAGUCAGGUUGAGACUGGGAAAAAGUGUGAAUGGGCUCCACGUGUGGUGAGAGCUUCAAUCAUUUAUUGAACCCCGUGAACCAUGAUUCAUUCCUGUAGGUGAGAGGCUGUUCAUGUGUGAGGUGGGCUCCACAGGCUCAUAAGACCUUAUAACACACAAAGUGCAGUUAACACAAGGCCAGUUCAAUGGAAGAUAAACCAUUCAAGUGUGAGGUAUGCAACAAAUCAUUCUCAUGCUCAUCUCACUUCCUCGUACACCAACGCACUCACACGGGUGAGAAACCAUUUACCUGUGAUGUUUGUGACAAAUCAUUCUCGCAGUCAGUGACCCUCCGUGUUCACCAACGUAUUCACACUGGGGAGAAGCCAUUCAGAUGUGAGGUAUGUGACAAAGCCUUCACACAGUUAUCAAGCCUCCUGGUCCAUCAAACCAUCCACACAGGGGAGAAACCCUUCAAAUGUGAGGUUUGUGAUAAAGCUUUUCCAACAUCAACAAGGCUUCUGGAACACCAGAGCAUCCAUACAGGGGAGAAACCCUUCAGGUGUCAGGUGUGUAACAAAUCAUUCUCGCGCUCCUCUCACUUCCGAACACAUCAACGCAUUCACACUGGGGUGAAACCAUUCAAGUGUGAAGUCUGCAAGAAAUCAUUCUCUCAGUCAUCGACCCUACGUGAACACCAACGCCUUCACACUGGGGAGAAGCCCUUCAAAUGUGAGGUGUGUAAUAAGGGAUUUGCUCAGCUGCCAGGCUUGGUGAGUCACCGCCGCGUACACACAGGGGAGAAGAAAAUAUUCACGUGUGAAGUGUGUAAUAAGGAGUUUGAACAGUUGUGGGGAAUGUUGGAUCACCGUCGCAUUCACACAGUCAAUAAUGCUCCUGAGAAACUGACACACUCACGUUGAGGAAAAGUUGUGAGGUCUGUGAUGAAGGCUUCACAAGAAAGACACCCUUUCUGAUACACCAGCUGUUUCAUGCAGAUGAGAAAUCAUUGACUUGGGAGAUGUGUGACUGAGUCUUCACUCUUAGCAACACUCAUGAAUCACCAAUGCAUUCUUACAGGCAAGAAGCUGUUUUAGUGUGAAUUUCUUAACAAGGGCUUUGCACAAUCUCAUCAGGCCUGAUGUAUCAUUGGCAUACUCACACUGAAGAGAAACUAUUCAGAUAAAGUGUGUAACAAAUCCUUGACAAGCUCAUUGAAGCUUCCUGACUAUGAGAAAAUCAACACGGUGAGAAACCAUCCAAGUGUGAAUUUUAAGAUAAAGUCCUCCUGAAGUUUUCAACCAUCAUAAGAUACCAAAGGACCCCCACAGGAGAAAAAAUAAUUUAUGUGCAAGAGUAUGACAAGGCAUUCACAAAGUCAGUGUGCUUCCUGGUCCAUGAAUGCACACACAUGGGGAGAAACUCUAUUGGUGUCAGUUCCGUAAUAAAGUCUUCACACAGUUGUUCGACCUACUGGAACAUCAGUGAACCUGCACAAGAUACUUUUCUGCUACGAUGUGUACCAGUAUUUUUCCCCUACUCCCAUAGACUGAUGAAGAACCUUGCCAGCAUCCAAAGCAAAGUAGCUGCAUGAUUGAGGCCACGUGCUCAAACAUUCUUUGCCUCCACCACCUCGCUACAACAGCAGUGUGUACCAUCUAUAGGAUGCACUGGACAGGUUCACCAAGGUUCCUUAGACAGCACCUUCCAAACCCACGACCACUACCAUCUAGAAGGACCUUGAAACAUUACCACCUGCAGUUUCCCCUGUGAGUUAUGGGGAGGCAUUAGCGUAGUUGUAAUGUCACUGGACUAGUGAUCCAAUACCUCAGGCUAAUGUCCUGGGACCAGGGUUUGAAUCCCAACAUGGCAGAUGGUGAAAUUCGAAUUCAGUAAAAAUCUGGAAUUUAAAGUGGCAGCGAUUGUUGUAAAAACCAACCAGUUUACUAAUUUCAUUGAGGGAAGCAAACUACCAUCCGAACCAGUCUGGUCUGGCAUACACAUGAUUGAUACACAACCACACAGUGGCUGGUUCUUAACUGUCUUCUGGGCAAUUAGACAUAAGCAAUAAGUGCUGGCUAAGCCAGUCACACUUUCCCAUCAAAGAAUAAAAAUAAACCUUCCAAAGCCACUCGCCAUCUUGACUUGGAAAUAUAUCACUGGGUCAAAAUCCUGCAAUUUCCUUCCGAAUGGCAUUGUGGGGAUACAUUCACCAUCUGGACUGCAGUGGUUCAAGAAAGCACCAUCACCUUCUCAGUCCAUGAUAGGCAAUAGAUGCUGGUUCAGCCAAUGAACGAACAGAAAAAAACACUUCUUGUUAUAGUUAGUUUCUGUUAUUUUAUGACUUGCUAAGAUACAAGGAAAUUUUAUAGUAUCAUUCUUGCCUAUUUGUAUAGAAUAGGGGAAUGUAUGUUGUCAUGUCCUCAUUGUCUCAGUUUUGUUUAAUUGGUGAGAGUUUCUCAUUAAGUCAAACUACUGAUUUUUUUUUUUAAAGACCAUUUGUUAGGUGAUGUUUUUGCUCUCUCUGGUUGUGGGUGCUUGGAAUGUGUUAUUCACCUUGAAAGCAAGGUUGCUUGUAAACUUAAACUUAUAAAAUUAACACAGAAGAUCACAACGUACUAUUACAAAGUAGGUAGCAGUUAAAAACUGUGUUUAUAAAGUAUGUGCAUCAUAAGCAGUCUAUAAAAAUCAGAUAUUCUUAUACUUUCAGUUUUGAGGUAUAAAAGCUUUAAAAGAAUUAUACAGUUGCAAACUUAACUAAUACUAAGAAUCCAUUUAGCCAGUUAUUAUUGUUUCUCUUCUGAAGGACUACGAUUUAAAACCAAGCUAAUAAAGAAUAGAGCUGUACUUUCCUUGUAUAAAUCCCUUCCUCUGUUCAUAACACCAGGUUGUGGAUAAGGGUUGUAAUGACAUUUGAAUGUAAGCUUGCCCAUUAACCUUGAAGAUUGCAAAUUCUCCCAAUGUGGCUCUGUAGGAUAGAAGUAAGUUAAACAGAGACCUGUCAGCAUUUGAUCAGUAAUUAAUUCAUGAGUGUGUUACUUGUAUUCUGUUUAAAACUCCAUGGUGCAUUUCGCUGUCAAUUGAAGCUCCGAAGAGUCACCUGAUAUUGAAGAACUAAAGUUUUCUGAUGAAGGGUCUAGGCCCGAAACGUCAGCCUUCCUGCUCCUAUGAUGCUGCUUGGCCUGCUGUGUUCAUCCAGCUCUACACCUUGUUAUCUCAGAUUUUCCAGCAUCUGCAGUUCCUACUAUCUCUAAAGUUUACAUACACUGUUUUGUGCUCAACUAUAGUUUAUUAUUAAUUUAGUCAAUUAAUGUACUGAUUAAAACUAAACUAAACUAAUCAUGAACCAUCAAUUUCGCUGCACUUUGGCUAAGAAGGCAAUCAAAUACUCAGUUGAAAAAGGGGCUCCAGCCACUGAUUUUCCAGCACAAGCACCCGACCGGGGGGAGGAGGAGCCGUUAGUAAUGGAGGAACUUCAGUUAUCCUGUGAAACUCUGGUCUAUGGAGGAGGAGAAUCAGCUAGGAGUCCAAUUUCUCAUCAGUGAGCCCAGCUGGGAAAUCAGUGGGAGGGCGGGAUGUGUCUUGGCUGUGACAGUCUCUGUUGUCUCACAACAUUCACUGUCUGGCUCUCCACAUGCUGAAUGGCCACUCGAACAGAGCACUAGAGGCCGAUCCAUGUCUACAGACUGUCCUGUAGGUCAGUACCUUGAGGAUUGGAGGGAUUAUCAGAGAACAACAACUUGUAUUUCCAGAGCACCUUUAAUAUAGUAAAACAUUCCAAAGUGUUUAAUUAAGAUGUACCCAGACAAAAUUUAACACCAACAACAACCAAUGCUGGAGAUCACAGCAGGUCAGACAGCAUCCAUGGAGAGAGACCAAGCUAACGUUUCAAGUCCAGAUGACUCUAGUAUAGAUGAAGGUUGUUUUCAGUACACCUUCCAGCAUCUGCAGUAAUUUGCUCCUAAGAGUUAAUACAGAGACAGACAAGGAGGUUUUAGGAGGGGAUGAACAAAAAUAUAGUCAAAGAGGUGAAAUUUAAGGGGAAUCUUGAAGGUGAAGAGAUAAAGAUGCAAAAAGGUUUACAGAAUGCAUUCUACAGAUUUGUUUACAUCCAAGAAGUAUUUGCCACAAUUACUUUUAACACAAGAGUGCUAUUUGGAAGAGAUUUGUGAGAUUUGCAUUAAAGAUUUUAUUGGUGUCUUUGACCCUCACCAGACAUCAGAGGAAACACGUCAGGGUGGAUCCUUUUCAAUUAUGACAUAUGAAACUGAGUCUUCACACACCUUGGACCACUUUUCAACUUGCUAUCCACAGCAUAUUCUUUCUUUUCAGAUAAUCAAUUCCUUUUUGAAUGCCUCAUUGAACUUGCUUCAUUCACACUCUUACCAUACACUGUGUGAAAAGACUUCUCCAUUUCUCUGUUGCUUCUUUUACCAAUCCCCUCCAGUCUGUGCCCUCUGGUUCUCCAGGACCACUAUCCUGAGUAUGUUGAGUGAAGGGGCUAAGUCUCUACAGACCUGAGCUCCUUCAGCCCAUCAAUAUGUUGAUGUAAUAAUGUUGUGAUAUAUUCACCAUACACUGUUCCAAGAUUCAUUUCAUGUUGUGGGAAAGAUCUUGAGUCAUUUUCAAAUGCUUUGUUAUUUUAAUUGAUUCAAAGUUAGGUUUAAGUUGAGCAUUUUUUGUCUGUUUUAUCAAUUAUCUGUAUACAUUUGUAACUCACAAUAAACUCACUUAUAACUUCAAC